AUGUGGACGUCGAUUCUGUGUCUUCUUCUGGCUGGUGCAGUAUCUGCAGCACCACUUUCACCAUUUCUCAAUUAUCUCCCUCACUUUGGCAUCCCAGGGCAGGGGACUAAUGGUGUCUACCCUGGCAUGCCAGCUCAGCCACAUCCUGGUCUGAAUGCUCCAAUCAGCAUGGAAAUUAUUUUCCCUCAGAGAUUUCCAAAUAACCCAGCAGGGGGACCAUCUGGCACACCAACAUUCCCUACACAAGCUUUCAUCAAGUACUCUCUUCCAAAAGCCCCGGGGCAAAAAAGUGUGGAAAUUUUUUACCCCUAUGACUUCUCUCAGCACCAGGACCUUCCAAAUGUUCCUCAGUUCCCUCAACUUCCCAAUAUCUUCCCCUUUGAGUAUAUACCACAGACAGCUCCUCAACAGCCACCCAUGAUGACCCCCUACCAGGAUGCUCCUCCACAACCCCAAGAUACACAGCAGCAAACCCAGCAGGAGCAGCAGACCCAGACAGGACAGGUGUCUCAGGCUCAGCAGCCAUGA